AUGGAUGUUCGCAAGAAAGAACAUCUAAAUUUCAGCUCUAUCGCAACAAGAUUCAACUAUCCGGAAUCGUGCAUCCUUCAAGAACAUCCCUGGAGAAACAUCGAUUACGACCAAAAUUUGUGGAAUGAGAUAGUUCGAGCAACCCCAAGGCCGAAAUAUAUCCGAAACGCGGCUGGCUGGAUUAGGGAUUUACUCUUUGGGGAAGAUGAAUAUGCGGCGAUGCACUGGCGAUACAAUAAAAACGACUGGGGAAAACACUGUGGCUCGGCUGGAGAAUGGCGAUCAUGUCCAAUCUACGAGCUUGGAACGAAAAAUCCCGCUCUCUUUGCGCAGAAACUGACCAAACUCCUCAAAGAAAAGAAUAUCUAUAAAUUAUACAUCGCCGCUCCUCCAGAUCAGUCCCGCCUUGUUGAAACAUUCAAGGACGAGAUCUUGAAGAUCGAUGGAAAAUUUGAUGUUCUCGUUGGAUUAGACGCGGUGAAGUUAUUGCAAAUACGAGCUCGAAUUGAGUUCAACUCGCUGGGCAUGAAGGGAUAA